AUGGCCAACACUCCCCUCAAAAUAACUCAAGAUACCUUCAUCCCCCUCAACUCCCUCAUCCUCAUCACCGGCAUCAACGGCCUCAUCGCCAGCCACAUAGCCGACCAGCUCCUCUCCGCCGGCUACCGCGUCCGGGGCACCGUCCGGAACAAGGCCCGAUGCGCCUGGGUCGAGCCCUUCUUCACCUCCCGCUACGGCGCCAACCGGAUCCAAGUCGUUGAAGUCCCCGACAUCACCGCUCCCGACAUCUGGAACGCCCACGUCGCCGGUGUCUCCACCGUCAUCACCGUAGCCGGAGUCGCCUGGCUCGACGACAGAGACGUGCCCAAAGCCGUCAACGAAGAGCUCAAGUGUCUCCACGGCCUACUCCACGCCGCCAAGACGCACGCGAACACCGUCCAGGCGUUCAUCUACACCAGCUCUUCGUGGGCGGCUUAUACGCCCAAGGCCGGGGUCCGCAGCACUCUGACGGAGGAGUCGUGGAAUCAUGAGGCGGUCGCAUUGGCUGAGGAUCCGAGCAUCACCGAUGCGGAAAAGGGACUCCCUCCGUUCAUGGCCAUCAAGGUCAAAGUCGAAGAGGCACUCUGGGACUGGGUUGCGAGGGAGAAGCCCAAGUUUACGGUCAAUGCGAUGCUCAUUUCCACCCCCAGCACAGCCGGCUUGGUCAGGGCUUUGUACGAUGGGAAGCCGAAGGAGGCAAUCGAUGUCAUUGCUACUCUCGGACCGCAGUGGUCCAUUGAUGCCCGAGACGCAGGUCGGCUGUAUCUGGGCGUGUUGGUGUCGGGGCUGACUGGAUCGAGGGUCUAUGGGUUUGCGGAGCGGUUCAAUUGGAACCGGACUCUGGACAUUUUCAAGGAGUUGUAUCCCGAGAAGAAGGACUGGGUGGAAUUGCCGAGAUCAUAUCAAUGUGAUGAAUCGGAGAUUAUGGGAGACAUCUCUCUCUCAUUGUUGCGUGCUGUCGGACAGGAGGGAUGGACGAGCUUGAAGGAGAGCAUCAAAGAUGCGGCGGAGAGUUUUGGACAGUCCUAA